AUGGCUAAACGUAGACGCAUAAAAUUAGGUCAAGUUGAAGAAGUAGUCCCAAAUCUCCCGGCAGAUCUCAGAUUUGAGAACUUCCCAAAUCUCCCGGCAGAUCUCAGUUUUGAGAUCUUCUCAAGGCUACCGGCCAAGUCGUUGUUCCGCUGCAAGUGCGUAUGCAAGUCAUGGUCCUCUUUCAUUCGUAGUCCAUCUUUUGUCACUGCUUACCAAAACAAUCUCAAGAAUCUCAACCAACACACCACUAACCUUUUCUUCACCAUCCCUGGAAAACAAAGUCAGUUCUUCUCGACACGAGUCUACCAUGAUAAGUCUGGGAUUCUUAAUACUACACCUCCCAUUCGCCUUUUUAGCGCUCCAUAUUGGGUUUCGUACCCCUUUUCUUCAUGCUAUUUAGCCGCUUCGUCCGGCCUAGUCUGUCAUUUUGACUUAAAGGUACCUUUGAAACGUGUUCAAUUACCUGUUCAUAUAUCCAACCUCUACACCGGAGAGGUCGCUACUUUUCAAUUGCCGCGGCGCCUCUAUACCAAAGUUGCUGUUGCUCUUGGGUUCAGUUCUCUUACAAACGUGUAUAAGGUAUUCACAUCCCUUCGUACCGGGACUACGGGGGUCAAGUUCAAGGUUUUCACUCUAGGUGGUACAAGUAAUACAUGGAAGGAUGUAGCAGAUAUAGACUUUGAAGCUCUUGGUCUUGAUCCUCACCGAUUGAAUUUCUCGGCACAUUAUUUGUGCAUCCAUGGAGCCAUACAUUGGAUGCAAUGGUUUUAUUGUAAGAAUUAUCGACCUAUUCUUUUGGCUUUUGACGUUGUAGAAGAGAGAUUCAGAGUAAUCCUACUUCCCCAAGAUUUUAAGUGUGGCCACUAUCGAGUAAUUGAAGUGAACGGAUGA